AGUCUGUUGCUCAAUUCCCAACAGUUACAUCAGGUACUAGGUAUGUACAAUACAUAUGUACCUAAAGAAACCAGACUGCCAGUGCAAGUGCCAGCCAUAUGUAGAACUCAAUGGUAACCAAUAGGGGUGCUAACAGGAAUAUUACAUAUCGUAUGGAAAGAGCGUUUGAAAGUGUUUUCCAUGUCGAGAAACAUCCAAUCAAUUCAGUGCCUGAAUCUGGUUCGUCGCCCUCUUUUAACCACAGCACACAUAAAGGGUCAAACGACACACAUACCUAGUAUACCUACAUAUGUACACAUGUAGACACCUACAUGUAGAUAUGAAAGAGAGAGGCCUUGGAGACACUCAGUUCUAUCAACUUUACUACUAACUACCUGGGUACCCAAAUUAGGCAUCUACCUUCAGCAGAAUCAAAUCUGCCGUACCCGCACGAAAAAUGUCAGCCGCCCUAAAGAAACUUAGGAAAUCUCUCACGAAUUACACCAGUCCCUUCAGUAAAUCCCCCACCCAUCAAGAUUACGGACCUCGUUCCUCGUCCGACAUGACUCAAACCAGGCAGAGAAGAUUACAAAGAGGAAGAGAUAACCCAGAAGCGCAGCGCCAUGAUCAGGCCUCACAACAGAUGGAGUAUAUCGACGACAGCCUCGAACUGAUUCUAAACAACCAUCUAGACAAUCAUCUAGACAAGAUGCAAUCCUCCAUCAUAAGCACCAUUAAAGAUGAGAUGCAGAAACCUGUGUCGUGGAUAAUGGGAGCCCUAUUCGGCCAUUCCAAUGAGCGUAAGACAUCGGGAUCCCAGCAGGCCGACAUCCUCGACCGUAUUGCACAGAGAGUCGUUCGUGAAAUAGAUGACAGGGAAACGAAGGAUGUAAACAGAUACAAGAAGGAAAACGACGCCCUUCACUCGCAGGUGGGCCGGCUUGAUUCUGAGCUGGAAAGGGCUCAGGCUCAAAUACAAGGCCUCGCAAGCCAACUCGAGAGUGCAAAACAAACGAAUCGUGUUAAUGCCGAAAAGAUUGCCAAAUUUCGGGAUAUGCUAACUAAGCAACCCACGAACAUCGUCAUGGACAACGAUGUCAAACAGAAAUUUACCUUCUUGCGCUCUCAUAUUCUCGCCAUGGUCAAGAAGACUUAUGAGGUGCACCCAGGUUCUAUCAACUUUAAAGCUCUGAGGAACCCAUUUCAACAAGAAGUAUUCUCCCCGUGCGCAACUGAAGAGUGUGAUUCUCAGUCCAUUACCAACAGAAUCCGUGGCGUCAUAUUCUAUCAUCUCUGCGUCAGAAUACUCAAUGAAUUCCUUUAUGGACCUGGAAACCUCAACAACCUCCAAUUGGCCCUGGCAAAUUCAGAGUUUUUGUUGCUUCAAACAUUGCCCAAAGAGAAUCUGAAAGAGUACGUGGACUGGCGAACAGCCUCGAUCAAGUGCGCUUGUGUUAUUGGCGGUAACACAAACCUUGCGCGGGAGACGGCGAGUGAAAUAUGGAAUUUCCUUGAACCAGUAGCUGUGAUAAAGGGUGCAGAAAAUAAGGGGAAAAAAUUACUGCUCGGGCUGUGCGAAGAGGCACUGGAACUGGCAACCUUAUUAAGAAGCUCUCGGGAUGUUUUCGAAGUCAGGCGGGUUUUCACCGGUCCUCUGGAAGCACAUAUGGAUUACGCGGAUGUAGAAGCUGAAGUGGGGUUUGGUGGAAACAGUGAGCCUGCCAAAAAAUCUGGUGAUAUUUCAUAUUGCGUUUUUGGUGCGUUGCUGAAGCGCACUGAAGAGGACCCCUUAGAGGAAAUAGUUAUGGAAAAGGCCAGCGCCGUGGUUUACAAGGAAUGAGGCAUUCAGCUCAUUAAACAUGUCUCACUGACACUUGUCAUGAGCACUCAUUCUAUGGGGACCGGGAAGCUAUCUGCUGUAUAUCCACUUAGAUUGAUAUUCAUAGGACGAUGAGAGCAGGUAUCUUGGACAAUUGGUGACGGAGAUAAUAGGGCUCACUUGAACUGACAAGAAAGACAAUCAAAUCAUAAUCAUAAAAACA